UUGAUGAGUAAGGGCACCCAAAGCACAAGCAGCACACAAGCUUGAGAUGGCUCCUGCCUAAUACCCCCGCUGACUUCAGAUAGUAAGAGGAAUCAGCUGGGCGCCAUCUGAAGUCACCAAGUCAAGUCGGCUUCGUUUCUGUCUCCCUCUCGUUGGGUUCGGAAGACAAGAACGCACACUUGAUGAAGGGCCUUGUACUUCUCGCGAUGGCUCCAACGCAAGCCCAAAUCGGAGCCAAGCACAUCACGGGUAAUCUACUGAUCACCACGUCGUUUCCCUCAGGCCGGGGGGCCUACUACUGCUACAAUGCUACGAUUCAUCACACACAUAGCCGAGGGGCAUACCGUCACUGUUCCUUAUUAUGGAAUGGAAAUGCUCUCGAGGGACCAUGCAUGAAUGCUAUUACUCAUGGGUCCUCUGCGUGUCAAAAUUUGCCUCCUUCGAGUAUCUUGAGAAUUCCAAGAUCUGAUGUUCCUCAAACCUCCAAAUCUAGCUCCAUACUGAACCUUGGCAUGGAACAUUGAAAAUGAGUGAUGCAGCUCGACUUUUUCUGUCGGGCGCCCCUGGUCCCUCCCCUGCUUUCUCUUUUUGGAGCGAGAGCAUGCUCGUGAUAUACGACAUAGUUUAUUGUUACAGACUCACUUAUCUCAUCUCAAG